AUGCCAAGCAUGCACCUGCUGCUCCUGUUGGCGACCUCAUGCCUGGUCGCCGUUGCUGAGCGGUCGAGGCUGGAUCUGGCAAGACAGGAUCACUCUGCGCAAGACGGGGCUGUUGCCGUCGCAAUGGGGCACCGCCACCAGGAGUUGUCCCUGGCCCACGGUCACAACUCGCUGUUGCCGGCAAAGUAUGUCGCAACCCCGAUGGGGCGGGGUAUUGUGCAGAGCGGCGGGUCGGGACUCACCGCGCUGGCGCAAGUCUCGGGUUCUUCACGCGACAUCUCUGUCCAUUCACUUGCUCGGCAUUGGUGGCCCAAUGUGACGGAGCAGCGCUCUCCCUCGGGCCCCAGUGCGGUCGGAGGACGGCGCGAACCUGGGGAUGUUCCUAUCACCGGAGCGGCGUCCAGGUCUGCCGCCGUCCAGAAGGUCGUGCUCGCCUUGGCCAAGGGCGGUACCGCGACCGUGCGCCGUGCGGUGGGCGAGCUGAAGGCCUUGCUGCAGGACGCGGAUGCGGAGAUUCGCCUGCAGGCCGUGCUCGCCUGUCAGGAAGUCGGUCUUGCAGCCGUGCGCCGGGCUUUGGGCGAGCUGACGUCUCUGCUACAGGACGCCGAUGCGAGGGUCCGCCAGCAGGCCGUGCGCGCCAUCAGGAAGGGCGGCAGCUUUGCAGUGCGCCAGGCUAUGGGCGAGAUUGAGGGCUUGCUGCAUGACGCAGACGUGGAGAUCCGCCUGCAGGCCGUGCUCGCCAUCAAGGUGGGCGGCCCUGCGGCCGUGCGGCAGGUCUUGGGUGAGCUGCAGGUGCUGCUGCAAGACGCGGAUGCCAGGAUCCGCAUGCAGGCCGUGCUCGCUGUCAGGAAGGGUGGCCCCGAGAUCGCGCGCAGGGCCGUGGAUGAGCUGAGGCCAUUGCUACAAGACGCGGAUGCGAAGGUCCGCUUGGUGUCCGUUCCCGCCAUCAUUAAGGGCGGUAGCGCGGCCGUUCGAUUGGCCCUGGGCGAACUGAAGGUGUUGCUGCAAGACGCGGAUGCAGAGAUCCGCCUGCGGACCGUGCGCGCCAUCGAGGUGGGCGGUCGCGAGACCGUGUGCCAGGCCCUGGGCGAGCUGAAAGCGUUGCUGCAAGACGCGGAUGCGAAGGUCCGCCUGCGUGCUACGCGCGCUAUCACGGAGGGCGGCAUCCAGGCCGUGCGUCAUGCCAUGGGCGAGCUGAAGGUUUUGCUAUCAGACGCGGAUGGGGAGAUCCGCUUGCAGGCCGUGCUCGCUAUCAAGAGGGGCGGCCGCGAGACCGUUCUUCAGGCUUUGGUCGAGCUGAAGGCGUUGUCACGAGACACGGACUCGCAGAUCCGCAAGGAGGUUGCAUCAUGCUUUUUGGAUGGCGGCCACGUGGCUGUUCUCCAGGCCGUAGGCGAGCUCAAAGCUCUGCUUCACGACACGGAUUCGCAUGUCCGCAGGUAUGCCGCGGAGGCCGUGUGGAAGGGCGGGCCAAAGGUCGUGCUCCAGGCCGUCGGUGAUCUGAAAGGUUUGCUGCACGACGCUGAUCCGAGCGUCCGCACUCCCGCCGCGCGGGCCAUCGAAGAGGGCGGCCCCGAGGCCGCUCGCCAGGCCAUGGGCGUGCUGAAGUCUUUGCUGCAAGACGCGGAUGCGGACAUGCGCGAGUGGGCGGCGAAGAGGAUCGGGAGCGCCGGCAAGGAGGCGGUGCUCCGGGCCGUGGGCGAGCUGAGGGCUCUGCUCCAGGACGCGGACCCGCACGUCCGCGUGGAGGCCGUGCAGGCCAUCGGGCAGGGCGGCCCAGGGGCCGUGCUCCAGGCCGUGGGCGAGCUGAAGGCGCUGCUGCAAGACACAGACCAAGGGGUCCGCAGGACCGCCGUAAGGGCCUUCUGGAAGGGCGGCCCAGGGGCCGUGCUCCAGGCCGUGGGCGAGCUGAAGGCGCUGCUGCAAGACACAGACCAAGGGGUCCGCGAGAGCGCCAUCGUGGCCAUCGGGAGGGGCGGUCCCAAGGCCGUGGUCCAGACCGCGGGCGAGCUGAAGGCUGUGCUGGACGACACGCGCGCGGUGGUCCGCGCGAAGGCGGCGCAGGCCAUCGGGCACGGCAGCGCCGGGACCGUGCGCAGCGCAAGGGGAGAGCUGGAGACCUUGCUGCUGGAUGAGGACGACUUGGUCCGACAGGCAGCCGCGACCUCUCUAGCCAGUGCUGGCGCAGACGUCAUCGCCCACGCGGUUGCUUAUCUUCGGCCCACGCUGAGUGGCCACUUCGACGUGAGGGAGCGAAGGAAUGCCGCAGAGGCUGUGAAAUUGCUUGGGGUAGUAGCUAUUGAGGACACCCUUCCUGAACUGCAAGGGAUGCUUCGUGACUUCACCCCUCCGAGCAAGCAUGUCACAGACACGGAAGGUCCAACAGUUCUACCUGUAACAGCUGCAAUGGUUUUAAAGCAAUAUUUCAUGUCCCGCCCGAGCCACUUGCCGGCAGACAUGUUCUACGACUUGGCGCGGGCAGAAGACAAUCUGAAGAGGUAUUUCCGCACAUUUCCGUUAAGGGAUGACCCCGGGGCUCUCGCAGACGUCAAGACUGCAUUAAGUGCUUUUGCUAGGCUGACGGAGGACAAAUGCAUGAUUUCGUUCGCAGACCAAGUGGGCGAGCUGUCGCUUGUCAAGCAGUGGGUUGUCACCACACCGAAAGGCCACAUGAUGCAAACUAUUACAAAAGCCACAUCAGCGGGCUACGGAUUGCAAGCCCACAGGUGCCCCAACAGCCUGGCUUGCCCAGGUGAAAGCUUCAAUGCGACGUACGUAAGCCACAGCACGACCAAUGCCAGCAGCGCCCGCGCCAACACCAGGCAACGCGCAAACGUCACUUGCCCUCUUGCGCGCAGUGGGGCAGGCUCUCCGUGCAGUGAGGGCUACGACCACAACGUUGCUGGAUGCGCUGGUUGCCUGGAGGGCUGGGGCCGGUCACUGACGGACGCGUUCACGUGCCAGAAGUGUGGCACGCUCGGGAUGUUGCAGUGGGCAAUCUGGCUGGCCCACCCGUCCGUGCUGCUGGCGAUAUCCAUGCGGAGCGCGAAGAGUGCAGCUGCGUUGGGUGAUGCUGCCGCCUUCGCCAACGAUGUGCUCAAGAUUGCGCUUUCCUUCAGCACGGGCUCGGCCGUUCACGCUGGCGGAUAUCUUCGUUGGCUACGUCGGACGCGUAUCGUGACCUGA